CUGACAUGUCUUAAAUUCUGCCCUGGGAAGCUCUGGGAUGCUGUCAGCUGCCGGGCAACUUCUUUUCUUAAGCUCAGUAAUUGAGAGUCUCACCAGAGACCAAGAAAUAAAACAGAAAUUGAGGAUUUUUUUGCCUUUUAAAUUGAGGAUUGUCUCUUCUUUUCAUUGGCUUUUAAAAAAUCUGGUAGAAGAGAGGGCAUCUUCACAGUGGGGCUAUAUUAAUUCCUUCAAAGUUACAGCUGCUCUAAACCUGCCUUCUCGUGUAGAUAUGGCAACAAGCAGCCAACACUUCUCAUCGUUUGAUACAAAACAGGCAUCCGGACAGCACCGAACAUCUAAUGUGAAAAGGUCACUGUCAACCAAGGUGGAUCUCAGGAGUGGCCUGGAAGAAUGUGCAAUGGCCCUGAACUUAUUUCUAAGUAACAAAUUUACAGAUGCCUUAGAAUUGCUUCGACCAUGGGCUAAGGACAGCAUGUACCAUGCCUUGGGCUACAGUACCAUUGUGGUGCUGCAGGCCGUCAUGACCUUCGAGCAACAGGACAUCCAAAAUGGCAUUUCUGCCAUGAAGGACGCCUUACAAACUUGCCAAAAAUACAGGAAAAAAUGCACAGUCGUAGAAUCUUUCUCAAGUCUUCUUUCUAGAGGAUCAUUGGAACAGCUGACUGAAGAGGAAAUGCAUGCCGAAAUCUGUUAUGCCGAGUGCCUCCUACAGAAAGCAGCCCUCACGUUUGUGCAGGAUGAAAAUAUGAUCAACUUCAUCAAAGGUGGACUCAAAAUUAGAACAAGUUACCAAAUAUAUAAAGAAUGUCUUUCUAUCCUGCACGUAAUUCAGAAGAACAAAGUUGAGCAGCAGUUCUUCUAUGAGUUUGAAGGUGGCGUCAAGCUUGGAAUAGGGGCCUUUAAUUUGAUGCUGUCCCUUUUACCAGCACGGAUUAUCAGACUACUAGAAUUUAUAGGAUUUUCUGGAAAUAGGGAGUUGGGCAUCCUGCAGUUACGGGAAGGUGCCUUAGGAAGAAGCAUGAGGUCUCCACUAUGCUGCUUAACUAUGCUAGCUUUUCAUACUUAUAUCUCCCUGAUACUUGGUACAGGAGAAGUGAAUGUUGUGGAAGCAGAGCGUCUCCUUGAACCCUACCUCCAGCAGUUUCCAAAUGGCUCCCUCAUGUUGUUUUAUCAUGGCCGGAUAGAGCUGCUGAAAGGAAAUGUGGAAGAGGCACAAGAGAUAUUUCGAAAAUGCAUUUCAGUUCAAGAAGAAUGGAAACAGUUUCACCAUCUCUGUUAUUGGGAGCUGAUGUGGAUUUUUGUAUUCCAACAAAACUGGAGGGAGGCGUAUUACUAUUCAGAUCUGCUUUGCAAAGAGAGUAAAUGGUCCAAGGCAACAUAUGUGUUCUUAAAAGCUGCAAUUUUGAGUAUGCUUCCAGAGGAAGAUGUAGUAGCAACUAAAGAGGAUGUGGUAACUUUAUUUAGACAGGUGGAUGGCUUGAAGCAGAGAAUUGCUGGGAAAUCGAUCCCUACAGAGAAGUUUGCUGUGAGGAAGGCUCGACGUUACUCUCCCUCGUUGCCCGCACCCGUGAAGCUCGUCUUGCCUGCCCUGGAAAUGAUGUAUGUUUGGAAUGGUUUUCCACUAUUGAGCAGAAGAAAAGAUCUUUCUGAAAGUCUGUUGGUGACUGUUGAAAAGGCUGAGGCAGAUCUACAAAGUGAAAGGAAACGAGUGGAUGAGAAGGCUCAAGAAACUGGGACCCAAAGGAGGAACUCAAAGUUUGUACUAUUUAACAAAGAACCAAAACAACAGUCCAGCGACUACUCUGUAGAUGAUGAAUGCUUAGUGAAGUUGCUGAAAGGAUGCUGCCUGAAGAACUUACAGCGGCCUUUGCAAGCGGAAUUGUGUUUCAAUCACGUUGUCCAAAGUGAAAAGCUACUGAAGUAUGACCACUACCUAGUGCCAUUUACUCUGUUUGAGUUGGCAUUUUUGUAUAAAAACCAAGGGGAAAUUGACAAGGCCAUAAAGGUCCUAGAAACUGCAAGGCUCAGCGGCCAUGGCUCAUGGGCCCAGCCGCUCCGCGGCGUGUGGGAUCUUCCCAGACUGGAGCACGAACCCACAUCUCCUGCAUUGGCAGGCGGACUCUCAACCACUGCGCCACCAGGGAAGCCCUCCAAUCCUCUUAAUGCCUGA